AUGCCGGCAUUGGUUGUUUUCAUCUGGAAUUUGAUCGCCAUCGUCCCGUUGUCGAUAACGCUCACUUUUGCGACCGAGAGGUUGGCUCAAGAUCUGGGUGAAACUGCCGGAGCACUGCUUAAUAUUUCACUAGGCAAUCUUGCCGAGUUAAUCAUCUUUAUCACCGCCCUAUUGAAGAACAACAUCCGAGUUGUUCAAGCGUCCCUUCUGGGAUCAGUCCUUGUGAACCUGCUGCUCGUUCUUGGAUCUGCGAUCAUCGCUGGGGGCGUGAUCAGCCCAGAUCAAACCUACAACAACGAUGUCACUCAUUCAUUCGUUGGGUUACUGAACCUGACAGUCUCUUGUCUUAUGAUUCCAAGUGCUUUCUACGGAAGCGUGAAAAGCAUGAAAACUGCCGAUCAUAUGGCCCUGGAAUUCAGCAGAGGCGUCUCGAUCAUUCUUCUCAUAAUCUACUUUCUUUACCUCUUUUUCCAAUUCAGAAGCCACCCGCAUAUCUUUCGAUCCCGCUCAUUAGCAUUUCCGGUUGAAGAUGAAACUGUUGAUCAAAACAUCUAUCGCACAUCCUACGACCCCGUUUUCACAGAUAUCGAGUCACGACGAAACUCCGAAGACAGCGCAAAGGGCGACCGUCAAGCCUUCCCUGAAAUGCGAGAAGUCUCGUCUCCGGCUGGUCCAGCUUCGGAGCCCACAGACCUCGAAAGCGAGGCGGGUCUUCCCUUGGCUCACAUCAAUACGGAGGAAAGGAGGGAUGCUACUUCUUAUGGCCACAAACGCACAAAAAGCCACUUUUCUCAAGCAGGUGAAGAUUCCCACUAUUGCCGCAAUACCGUGUUGGCAAACCGCGGCAUGUCAUUAUUCGUCCUCACUCUUGCGACGAUCUUGAUCGCCAUGUGCGCCGAAUUCUUCGCAUCAAGUUUCGAUGUUCUCAAUGACCGCGGCGUUCUGGGAGAGUCAUUCGUCGGACUUAUCAUCAUUCCUAUUGCCGGUAACGUGGCAGAGAAUGUCACCGCUGUUGUUGUGGCAGCUAAGAACCAGAUGGAUCUUGCUAUUAGCGUUGCACUUGGAUCGGCUAUUCAAAUUGGCCUCCUGGUUGCUCCGAUGAUUGUUCUUGUUGGAUGGGCUAUGGAUAAGCCAAUGAGCUUGCACUUUGAUAGCUUUGGAAUGGUCACUCUAGUGGGAUCUUCCGUGCUGGUCUCUUUCAUUAUUCUGAAAGGAAAGACCAAUUAUUUGGAGGGUGCCAUCUUGUGCGCGUGCUUUACUGCUAUAUCCGUUGGCGCUUUCCUUUUGCCAAUCAAAUAA